AUGAGGCUCAGUGGUCACCACCACGGAGACCAUGCUGCUUUGAGUACCAUCCCAGUCAAAGGACGACAGCCUCGCCUCGGAGCCCUUGCAUUUGAUUGGAAUGAGCAGAAGGACUCAAUCCGCCGGCUUGUGAAAGUUUUCAGGUUGCUACUGACACGCAAUCUCCAUUAUGCAUGUAGAUUCAUGGGGAGUAUGAAAGAGCAACUUGCGCUCAUGCAGAUCUACAGUGCAGGAUCUUGUCCAGAGUACAGCUCAACGCCUCCGCAAGCGAACAUCCUCGCGCUCUUUUCCGUGGCUAACCUCAUAGCUGCUAUUCUCGUUCCUACAAUGUGCACUGACGCCACGAUGGGCAACGGCCGCCUAAGGAAACAGGGUAUUCAGCGGCUACCCCACGCAACUACUUCGAGAGUCUGGGAGUGGCCUGGAUCUGGUCCGCCACAGACGGGCUGUGCUCAAGAGGCGGAAUAG